AUGGAGACAUCUCUUCAGUAUCACAGUCAUGGAGUUAUAAUAAUGUCGAAAAUUACUGAAGACAAAGCAGCUCAUUCAUUGAGGAAAAGGGGGAGUAUGUCCUCUAUAAGUAGUCACGAGUUCCGGCGGAAGGAUAUUCAUGGGCGCAACAAAGACUCCAUGAGUACUGUGUCUUACACAGAUGAACCCAGCCUGCGUGACGAUGUCUCCCGCCUUACAGUGCAGAUGGAAAACACCUACCAGCUGGGUCCCACCAAACCUUUUCCUGUGGCUGCUGUGAAUCAUAUUUUGAAAGAUGUGCUAACCAACUAUCUACAACAAGAAGAAUAUGAACCAGAGCUGUGCAGACAGAUGACAAAAACAAUUUCUGAGGUUAUUAAAGCCCGAGUCAAGGACUUGAUGCCUCCACGGUAUAAACUAAUUGUAAACAUUCACAUUGGACAGUCAAGCAGUCAGAGCCUGUUUAUCGGAAGCAGAUGCCUGUGGGAUCCUAAGAAUGAUACUGUUUCAUCGUAUGUUUUCAGAAAUUCUUCCCUCUUUGCUCUUGCAAAUGUCUAUGCGGUUUACUUUGAGUGA